CUUAUUUUAAAAUGGAACCUUGUAAAGAACAAGAGUCUGAAACUUUACUUCCAGAGAAAUCUCAUAUUCAAAAUGCAAUACCCAUAACACCACAGAAUCCUCCUCAAGGGCAUAUAGUUGAGGGCGGGCAGUAUCCUGUUACUCAACCUCAACCUAUUGUUAAUAGAAAUAACCAAUUUAAUCUCGAUUUUGGAGUUUCUUUAGGAUCAAAUAAUCAAAAUCCUGGGGGUAUUCCACCAGGAGUUCCUCUUGCAAAUGCAGGACAUUUUAGAGGCAGAAAUCAUUCAACUUAUUGACGAUGCACUGUCUGAGGCCAGGCUGUUUUUACAAGAGUAGUUGGUGCAAGUAGAAAACUACAAUGGAUUGGCUGCCUUAUCAUGUGAAUCUUUGGCUGAUGGUGUUGCUGCUGAAUCCCCUUCUGCAUAAAAGAAAUUCGCACAUACCAGCAUUUCUGUCCCGAAUGCGGCUAUAUGCUUGGCACAAACGGCCUCUAACCCUUAAUUUAUCAUUAAAAACCUUAUCCACACAUCUCUCUCACUCCUCAUCCCUCAAAAAUGCUCAAACCUUCUAUCUCCUCUCC